AAGCCCCACGGACGCUUGGCAGGCAUUGAUUUGUGCGACCGAGGCGCAUACGGGCAUCCCCUCAUCCGGCAUUUGCCGCAACUGACUGCCAUCUGAACAUUCUGUAUAGAAACUUGUCAACCUCGCUGGGCACCUACCUAAACACCCAGUUUCACACCCCCGAUCUCGCCCAUCAGGCGUCUCAAGCAGCGGCCUCCUGCCGGCCCGAAACGGGACGGCGACAUGGGCAAUCCGAACCCCCGUCCCAUGCUCGCCCGCGAGCCGUUCCGCUCGCUGUACAUGCUUGCCGCGGUCGCCUCCAUCCUGGCCCGCCUGCCCCGGUGGCUGGUGGCGGCCGGGCUGGAAGGCAAAGGGGGCCGUCAUGACGCGGCUGCUGCGCGCGGGCGUCGACGCCCAGUCCACCGUCGCCGCCACCACCGCCGUCUCGCUCGAGCCGGGCCCCGAGGGCGACAGGUUCUGCGCCUUCGGCCCCUUUGAGGACGCCGUCUACGUCGGGCCCCUCUCACCCCGGGCGGCCACCGCCGGGUCCCCCGACGCCGCCGCCGCCGCCGCCGCCGCCGUCGACGUCCUGACGAGCUAUUUGUACCUUACCCGGUCGCUCUCCAUACCGGCCGAGAACAUGGUCAUGUCUGGAGACAGCGCGGGAGGCAACCUCUGCAUGGGGCUUCUGCGCUACAUCGCAAGGUACGGCGACUCGCUGGGCAUCCCGGCCCCGGGCAGCUGCGUCCUCGUCUCCCCCUGGGUCGACCCGUGGCCCGAGACGGCGGGGCCCCAUGUGCAGCCCUACCUGUCGCACCGAAACUACAACAUCGACUACAUUGACCCACUGGGGCUCGAGCGCGAGUUUCGAGACAAUGCGUACAUGACGCCCGCGGGGAAGCCCUUCGCCACCUGCGUCCCCAUGUUUGCGAGCUUUGGCGACUCCGAGGUGCUCGGGGACGACGUGGAGGAAUGGGCCGCGGGAAUGUCGGCUGUAGAGGGGAACGUGGUCGAGACGUUUGUGGAGAAGGACGGGGUGCACGACAUUCUGGUCUUUGGGGACGCGCUCGGGUUCGAGGACGCUGCCAACGAUGUGGCGCAAACAAAGGUAACAACCAAAACGCCGUUAUGA